UCAUCGACCAAUAGUGAAAGGACAAUCGAAGUGGUCUUGUAUUUUGCAAUUUGUUAUUAUUAAGUUUUUAUUAGUAAACUUAAUUUCACUUAGCACGAACAUAACAGGUUUAAUUAAAAAAUUCAAGUAAUAUAUAUCUAUUAUUUUAGUGCAAUGACGACGAAGGUUAUUAAAUAUGUUGGACGCACAACUGAUUUUAAAGGCAAGACUUUGUGGGAAAUAGUAGGAAGUCUUAAAAAUUUUGGUGUGGGAAGACUGAUAGUGCGUCAAAUGUUUCAACGUUAUCCUGAGCCGACUUUUAUGAAAAUUGUUAAAGUAGAAACAUGUCCUGAUGAAGAACGUCGUCGAGUUCGUGUUUGGGUCGAAAAAACAUUUAGAGGUAGGAAGUUGCCACAGAUAACAGAAAUCUAUCGUACAUCAUAUAAACCUGACUAUCAACUUGUCACUAAGGAUGAUGAGAGCAAAUUCUUGGAGUUAACUAGUAGUGAGCACAACUUUCCUGAUGUUAUUCUGCCCAAUAGUAUUGAAAUGCCACCUUUAAUGAAAAGAUUUAUUGUCAGAGAUCAUGAGAAGAAGGGAUUAGAGGUAUUUAACUCUAUAUUUAUUGCUAACAUUCACGGAUAUCAAUUAUUACUUUAGAAUUUGUUGCAUUGA